AUGCCAUCCGCGUACAGAUUACUCGCAGGCCUCGCAGGCCUGGCGCCAGCGCUGGCACUGGGCACAGGCCAGAAAUUCAAGAUUGUCGACGGCGGACGGUCCUUCGACCGCUUCAUCACAAUAUGGCUCGAGAACCAGGACUUUGACAAGGUCGUCAAGGACGCCCAUUUCGCCGACCUGAAGAGGGAGGGCAUCUCGCUCACCAAAUUCUAUGCCCAGACCCACCCCUCGCAACCCAACUACAUCGCAGCCAUUGGUGGCGACUACUUCGGCAUGAACCACGAUGACCACGUUCGCAUACCGGAGAACGUCUCGAGUGUGGUGGAUUUAUUAGACACAAAAGAGAUUUCCUGGGGAGGUUACUUUGAAGACCUCCCUGGGCCUGGAUACAUGGGCCUUGCGAGCGAGGGAAGCACGGGGAACGGAACAUGGGAUUACGUUAGGAAACACAACCCCUUCGUAUCCUAUGACAACAUCGCCAACAACGGGACCCGCCUCUGGUCCGUCGGCUCGUUCGACGACUUCAAGCGAGACCUGGCAACCAACCAGGUGCCGCAGUUCGUCUUCAUGUCGCCCAACAUGAUGAACGACGGGCACAACACCACUCUUGAAUACGCGACGUCAUGGGCACACCACUUCAUCGAGCCGCUCCUGGCCGACGGCGUCUUCAAGGAGCGCACCCUCAUCAUGCUCACUUACGACGAGAGCGAAUCAUACGAGAUUCCCAACAAGAUCGGGUCCCUGCUCCUCGGCAAUGCUGUCCCUGGCGCCUUGAAGGGCUCUGAGGACGACACCUACUACACACACUAUUCUAUACUAGCAACACUGCAGAACAACUGGGAGCUACCCUGCCUAGGGCGAUACGACGUUGGCGCCAACGUCUUCCAGCACGUCGCCACCUCCACGGGCUACCAGAACCCCGGCGACCCGGACAACUUCGCGGGUAUCAACAACAGCGUAUCAUACCCUGGCGCCUUCCACACCGACCCCACGAAGCGCAAGCCUAUACCGCCGCCGAACCUGAAGCUUGUGGGUGCCGGUGGGCUGCCGGUGCUUGAGCAGGUGUAUAAUAAGUGGCGGUUCCACGAGGACGACUUAAGCCCUUACGAUGGUUCUGGUGAGGCCUUUGAUGGGGCGACGUACUUGCCUGAGUAUUUUGCACAGGAGCCGAAUAUGGUCCUGCCUACGUGA